AUGAGAGAAGUCAACUUCAGCAUCCCCAACGUCAAUAAGGCGUCGGUCGGCAUCACGACCGCCCUAUACGAUCGGCGAGCCCUCGACUGCACAUCCACCUUACCUCUCAUUAACUCCCUCAAUCAUCUCGCCUACCUCACUACCUCGUCCGCUCGCAUUCGCGACAUUCUCACUGUCGAUGGCGGCAUCGAGCGUCUGGUCUGUAUCUUGAAACGCGGCCGCAGCAAGGAUAUGAUGGACAUGUGGAAAUGGAACUUGGCUUUCCAGUGUGUCGUCAAUAUUGGCGUUAGAGGCACGGAAAACGUCCGCACUCGAGUCGUCGAGGCCGACAUGGUCCCAGUCAUUGCUACCAUUCUCGACAAUUACAUCAAGGUCACUGAGAAGUGUAGAGACAAAUCGGACGACAAGAGCAAAGACCAUCAUCAUCGUCACAGAAGCCACGAGCACCGCAGCGUACACAAGGCCCCAUCUUUCACCAAUAGGUCCAGCCGUGUCGAGGUAGAUCAAAGAUCCUCAAGACGUCAGGCGCCUCCGCCUUCCAUCGACGUCUCUGCGACCUAUGCCGGCUCCUCUUCAUCGAGUUCCGCUGUCGACCCGCAACAGACUACCGAAACCACUCCUACUCCGCCUCAGUACCCUGCAGGUGCUUCCACCGAUAGACCUGCGUUCUCGGCUCACCGACACCACCAUCACCAUCACCACCACCAUCACUAUCGUGCUGCCGAGGCCCGCCAUGCUGUUGCUUCUCCUUCUCGCCAGGUUGUGCAGCCUCUGGCGCCGGCUGUUCCUACCGGCGAGGCUUCUGAUGGGCUCGUCCGACCCGUUCGGGACGUCGACCGCCUCGCAUCUAUGAUGUCCCUUGGAAACCCCAACUUAACGUCGCAACCGUCUUCUCCCACUACUCCUCUCCCACCUCCUCAGAUGCGCUCUCCUACAGUGCGGCCCACUUCGAUGCUUGCCCCAACCAGCCGGUCUCGUCGCCGUCCUUCCAUCCGACACCAAAAUUCGACUGUGGAUUCGGAUGAUCUGGUUGGUGAUGACGCUCCUUCUGACGAGUCUCCCGAUGCAGAGAUGUCGGGCACUGGCAAUGACAUGCAAUCCGCUGUCAAUAUCCAGGAUAUCACCAUGGAAGAGGGCGACAGCAUGCUCGCCGCGUCCACUACGAUGGACUUGAAUACGCCCACAGUCUCGGAGACUCAGGACACUGGAGCCUUCAACAUCACACAUCGUGGCCCUGUCGAUACCAGCAAUGUCGCCGCCACAACCCCUGCUCCUGUGCCUCCCAUCGGCCUGUCCCCAAAUCGUCCUGCUAUGGUCACGCCUCCACAGCCGGCUAUCCCCAAUGCUAGCGUCCCUCGCUAUUUGCUCGACCGGCAAUUUGUCCCUAACGCCCAGAUGCUUGCUGCCAUGCCUCGUGAAGAGGACGUCCUGAUGUCUCUCCAGCUGCUUGCGUACGUGUCAAAGUACUGCGGCUUACGAUCCUACUUCCAGAAGAGCCACUUGGUUCCGAGGCUCAAGAUCGGAAAGGAGCUCCGCUACUUGGACGGCGACAAUGUUGCUCUCGACCAAGGAGAAGAAGAAGAGCUGGAAGAAGAGUAUCUGCUGCCGAACGACUUCAACAUUUUCCCUCUUGUCGAGAAGUUUACCGUGCGACACCACAGCACAGAUAUGCAAUACUGGGCUGGCGUCGUUAUGAGAAACCUCUGCCGCAAGGACGAUACCCGAGGAGGCAUCCGACAGUGCGCCUACUACCAGUGUGGCAAGUGGGAAGAAUUUACCCGCCAGUUUGCCAAGUGCCGUCGCUGCCGACGCACCAAAUACUGCAGUAAGGAAUGCCAAAAGAGUGCGUGGGCUUUCCAUCGACACUGGUGUGUUGCAGCGACCCAGUGA